GCUUGUUUCGCGGCUCGCUGGGGAGGAGGAGCUCGUUGAGACGGAGGUCGGAGGAGAAGCCUUCCUGGCAGGUUAAACUGUGACAUAUCUUUUACACUCCUGCUUCCAUAAUCCUCCAUGUGUACUCAGAAGCCUCUCAUUGUGCCCUGGCUAAUGGAACAGUUGGAUGCCCAGCGAUACCCAGGCGUGUCAUGGCUAAACCCUGAACGGACACUGUUCCGAGUGCCAUGGAAACAUGGGUCACGGCAGAGUGCUAGCUCUGAGGAUUUCCAGCUCUUUGAGGAUUGGGCCAUUGCCAGAGGCCACUACUGCCCAGGGUUUGGCCUGCGGACCCCGUCUGAAUGGAAAAGAAACUUCCGCUCAGCCCUGAACCGCAAGGAGGAGAUAAAGGUGAUUCAGGAUAACAGCACAGACUCAGAAGAUCCCCACAAAGUGUUUGAAAUCCAGCGUACUGGAAGUCUGGAUGGCUGUGCCCCAGGGGCAUCAAACCCAGCGUCUAGCGACAUUUCCCCUCUGUCAGCUGGCAGCAUGGGGCUAUGUGGAGGUGGUUCAUCUUCUAAGCAGGGCGAUACGCUGGAGAGCGUGCUGAAUUCCCUGGAUCUCUGCAGCCCCAUGGAAGGAGGAGAAACUCCAGCUGGCUAUGGAGGCCCACCCUCAAUCAACUUGGAUCUAGAUCUUCCCACAAUCUCAAUGCCGCAUUUGGAACAGAUUUUGGGAACCAUUGAGUUUGACGAUGAAGGCCUUCCCCCAUCUAAGAUGGAUCUGGUUCCACCCACAUGCACGACACCGCCACUGGAGCAAAUCCUGGGAACCGACAUAUUCAAGUCAGAUUUUGAGGUACGGGCCUACUAUCGGGGUCGGCUGGUCUUCGCUGACGUGUUCAAGAACACACAAGGCCUGUGCUUUGUGCCUCCCGGCUCCCCCAGCCGCUAUCCCGAUUUGGCAGAUGUGGUGCUUCCUGACCCAAGCACCUUGAAUGAUAAGCUGCAAGCAUCUUACACGCAGCGCAUUCUGCAAGGGGUGGCUCCAGGGGUGCUUCUCCGUAUCGAGGGUAAAUUGCUGUGCGGCAUGCGCCGAGGCCAUUGCCAUGUCUCCUGGAGCCGGUCGGAGACACCUGAAGAUGACACACCGCAUGGAGAGCUACCAAAGGAACAGUUUGGUUCCAUCUACAGCCUGCAGCAGUUUGUGCAAGAACUGAUCGGAUACAUGGAAGGGCAGAAAGGCUCUCCUAAUUACACCCUGUGGCUGUGCUUUGGGGAGGAUUGGCCCGACACAAAACGGCCCUGGAAGAAGAAACUGCUCAUGGUACAAGUCAUCCCUAAGGCAUUAGAAGCUCUCCAUGACUUGAGCCAGGUGUAUGGGGCAUCAUCAUUACAAGGAGGCGAGCCGGACCUGAGGAUAUCAGACUCGCUGCAGGAAUCCUGCUUCCUGGACCAACUGCGAGAAUGGGAAAAGAUGCAGUUUAUUUAGCCCAUUUCACAGAUAGGUAGACUUGGCCCUCUUCCUCUGUCACCUUUGGAUCCUUCUGUUCUGUAGAACGAUGCUCCCCUUCCCUGAGAAAGGGAGACAUGCUGACAGCUGAGAAGCAGCUCCCCCUGUGGAGAUGGCUGCUAUUCUCUUGUAGAAACCUUCCAUUCAGACAGCCGACUGACUUCAUAGGUUUCAGUUAGCACCUUUACGUGCUGAGGAUAUUCAAAGCUUGGCUUUCUUUUGCUUCAUAUGUGCUUGUUACUAUUGUUCACUACCCUCUUCAUAGGACAAUCCAACAUAGAACAUGAAGAACACUCAAUUGAUGACCUCUGGACAUCCUAGUUAUGCUUACAGUUCAAUAAUAUUUUAACUGUU